AUGCCAGUAGCUCAAGUGAACAGAAUAAUACAGCAGUGCAUGUCAAAGGUUCAAGUGAACAGAAUAAUACAGCAGUGCAUGUCAAUGGUCCAAAAUAAUACAGCAGUGCAUGUCAAUGGUUCAAGUGAACAGAAUAAUACAGCAGUGCAUAUCAAUGGUUCAAGUACACAGAAUAAUACAGCAGUGCAUGUCAAUGGUUCAAGUGAACAGAAUAUUACAGCAGUGCAUAUCAAUGGUUCAAGUGAACAGAAUAAUACAGCAGUGCAUGUCAAUGGUUCAAGUGAACAGAAUAAUACAGCAGUGCAUGCCAGUAGCUCAAGUGAACAGAAUAAUACAGCAGUGCAUGUCAACGGUUCAACUGAACAGAAUAAUACAGCAGUGCAUGUCAACGGUUCAAGUACACAGAAUAAUACAGCAGUGCAUGUCAAUGGUUCAAGUACACAGAAUAAUACUGCCGUGCAUACCAGUAGCUCAAGUGAACAGAAUAAUACAGCAGUGCAUAUCAAUGGUUCAAGUGAACAGAAUAAUACAGCAGUGCAUGCCAGUAGCUCAAGUGAACAGAAUAAUACAGCAGUGCAUAUCAACGGUUCAAGUACACAGAAUAAUACUGCCGUGCAUACCAGUAGCUCAAGUGAACAGAAUAAUACAGCAGUGCAUGUCAAUGGUUCAAGUACACAGAAUAAUACUGCCGUGCAUACCAGUAGCUCAAGUGAACAGAAUAAUACAGCAGUGCAUAUCAAUGGUUCAAGUGAACAGAAUAAUACAGCAGUGCAUGCCAGUAGCUCAAGUGAACAGAAUAAUACAGCAGUGCAUAUCAACGGUUCAAGUACACAGAAUAAUACUGCCGUGCAUACCAGUAGCUCAAGUGAACAGAAUAAUACAGCAGUGCAUGUCAAUGGUUCAAGUACACAGAAUAAUACUGCCGUGCAUACCAGUAGCUCAAGUGAACAGAAUAAUACAGCAGUGCAUAUCAAUGGUUCAAGUACACAGAAUAAUACUGCCGUGCAUACCAGUAGCUCAAGUGAACAGAAUAAUACAGCAGUGCAUAUCAACGGUUCAAGUGAACAGAAUAAUACAGCAGUGCAUGUCAACGGUUCAAGUACACAGAAUAAUACAGCAGUGCAUGUCAACGGUUCAACUGAACAGAAUAAUACAGUAGUGCAUGUCAACGGUUCAACUGAACAGAAUAAUACAGCAGUGCAUGUCAAUGGUUCAAGUGAACAGAAUAAUACAGCAGUGCAUGCCAGUAGCUCAAGUGAUCAGAAUAAUACAGCAGUGCAUGUCAACGGUUCAACUGAACAGAAUUCGAAAUCCUAA